AUUCAAAAUCGCCGUGGAAUGGGAUUUGUGUGUCGAGGUUGUGCAUGCCAGGAUUUCGCCAAACCAGGCUGUUCUGAGCACCAUUACGAUGUGCCGCUUGUAGAUACUUCAGCAAUUGCUGGUGAUUGAAUCAGCUUUGUCGAAACGCGGAUCUGAUUAGGGUUUGCGGGUUUGUGCGGGGGAGGUAGUCGCACAACGCAAUCGAAGGUUUUAGGGUUUUGUUUUUUAGCUUUCCUUUGGGUCGACACUCUUUGAGAUGAUUGGAUUGUGUUGUACCUGAAGAUUAGCUGCGAGUUUGAUUAUUGUUUUUUCUCUUUCCUUUUGUUUGAUAUGUAAUUUCCGUUGCGGAUAGGUUGGUGCACUUUGAAAUUGAAUUUCGCUUUGUUUUGACGUACUUUGUUUUGGAAGUUAUCAUCUUAUCUUGAGGCUACCAAUUUUUCACCAUCUUAUUGGGCGCAAGGGUUUGUAAUGGAAGACCCUGAGGCACGGCGAGCGAGGCUGAAGGCCAUGCGGGAGCAAGCCGAAGGAGUUUCUCAAAGUGCCCCAAUUGCAAACAAUUCCGCCCCAAAGCUUGUCAAUCCAUUUGAAGAUCCAGCUCCGACAUCCAACGCUCAUACUCCACGGUUCAAUUACUACUCGGACCCUACAGCCGGCUUCUUACACAAACGGAAAGAGACUCCAACACCUGUGGCUAUGAGCCCCUCUCGCAACCCGUAUCCUCAAGGGCACUGGAAACCAGAUUAUCAUCCUCCAGCACCAAUUCCGCCACCUAGGAGCUUUCAAGUCGGAGCAUUCGGCAGUCCUAUUCCCAUGUUCAAUCCCCAUCAACAGGGUCCUCUACCUCCUGCUUUGGAGCCUCAACAGCAAUAUGGUGAUGGGACAUGGCCUUCCAAAAGAUUUCAUUAUGGCACAGGCCGCGGUGGCCGAGGGUCAGGUCCUGGAAGAGGAGGAUUUGGACGAAAUGAGGGCAAUCAAGCAAGAGGACGAGGUGGAGGUCAAGGUGGACGAGGUGGGCGAGGUCAAGGAGACACCGGUCCAGUCUCUGCAAGAGAUAGCCCCGACCUUUUCUACCACAAGUCCAUGGUUGAAGAUCCAUGGCGACAUCUGUAGCUUUUUCUCUCCACCAGAAUGACUUAAAUUUGUAGAAACUGUCUCUUGAUGUAUUUAUUUUAGCUCUUACCCAGUUUCCACCUCGAAUGCACGUCUACAUCUGGGGUAGCGACAGCAUCUUUGUUUGGUUUCGGUUGGGUGAGACUGUCUAUCUCCAAAAAAACUUUGACAAUCUCAUAAAAUGAUACCGGUUAUUCCGCUCUAUCUCCUGUUGGAACAUGCGUUUCUCUGUGAUUGUUGUUCACUAUUCUAGCUUUGUCAAGGCUCUGAAAAGUAUCACCAUGCAUGCAUGUGAUCAGGAGUUAUUUGUGAGGCAUGUUUGCAGUCCGAGGUUCCGGAAUUGCAUCGGGGGAGCAACAUAGCUGAAUGUGAUGCCUAUGAAGACAGAAAAAUUGGCAGUGCUUGCGUCGUGUUGCGUGUGGUGCGGGGAAGGGCGUUGCUCGGCAGCUGGGUAGCUCACUGAGCACACAGGAACAGGUAGAUUCACCACCAUAAGUAUGUUUAUGGAUUCACCCCCAGUAGCUUUGUUUGAUGAAUGCACUGUUGUACAAUAGGGAUUUCAGUAAAGAUAUGGAAGCCCAAGUUUGUUGUGAAAUGGUGCCAAUUCCACUCCAAACACAACUUUUUAGCGACUUAUAUUCAUUGAUCGAAAUUAGAAAAAUGAAUUUAUUAUUGAGAAAUGAGUAUAAACACAGCAGAUUGAUUAGAUUGACAGAUGGGUUCAGGAACACAUGCUUUUUAAUUACUUUUUUGAAGUUAGGUUGGGAGAAAUUUUUGUUUUGCUGUUGAAUCAAAAAGCAAACUGAAGGGUCACUCAGGUGGAAUAGUUUCUGCAAUAGUAGUAGUGUUUGGAAGGUUUUAGUCACUCCAAUUUUCAGAAUAGCUAGUAUAAACAGAGUUGAGAUCAAAGUUGAUCAAAUCUUGUUGUAAACUAUUUCAAUUUCUGUAAUUAUUAAGUUAUUUUAGCAUUUUGCUUUA